GGAGCAGCCGCAAAGGAUGUAGCUCAGCUGGCCCUAGAGCAGGUGACCCAGGGCCCAUACAUCAAAGAACUGCUGGAAGUUGUCAAGCGCAUCGCACAACAGGUGGACAAUGACAAGGAGCUGCAGAGGUUUUUAGAAACUCUCAGAGGCUUCAGUUCUGGCGAAUUUUCUCAAGUGGCACGCCAAAUAUUUUUAGACGGCAUCACCUGGGGCAAAAUUGUCACCCUUUUCUGCUUUGCCAGCAAACUGGUACUCAAGGCCCUGUGCACGGACAUGCGGGAGCUGAUCACCAGCAUCGUUGGCUGGACGCUGGACUUCAUUCGAAAGCCACUGCUGCCCUGGAUCCAGGAUCAUGGUGGCUGGGGCGGCCUCCUCUCACAACACAGUAAUAAAAUCAAGUGGCUCGCAGUGGCAGUGGCUGUGGCCAUCAUCGGGACUGAGUGUUUGCCUUAUUCAGAGUCCGGACCAUCUCAGGCUGAGGCCCCAGCUGCCUUGAUCUCUGUCUUUUCAGCAUCAAUGUGACAUUUUUCCACCAAGAAAAGAUUCAUGCCGCAGACCAGCACAGCAGUAGACGCUGAGGCCGUCUCAGGGUUGAGAGACUCUGCAGGGUGGUCAGGGAUUCGGCUAAAGAAAUGACAAACAGACACACUUCAAGGGAGAGUGUAAAUCUGAGUGCAACUUUAUUUGAGUCAGUGGUCAGUAUAUAUAUGUUUUCUAAAAGCAUAGAAACAGUGAACAUCAACGCAAUCAGCUUGCUCAUAGGUUUAGCUUAUCAUUGACAGGGCAGUGAUUUAUGUCCAAAAUACAUCUGGACCUAGCCGUAUUCCUAAGUAGACAGGCUAUUAACUCUUUAUAUUCUUGUUCUAUAUAAUUAUAUUCUUGUUGUACUUACUACUACUACUACUACUACCUACUCAUGUUUACUCAUAAUUAAUUGUCAUGGGUGAAUUUACAUUAUAAUGCAGUUAAUAUCAAAGGUACUAAAGUCAAGCACAUAACAGAAAGAUUAUUAAACCAACAAUUUUAUUAUAACACAGUGUUUAGUAAUGUUUCAUU